GAGGUACAAUAUUUCCUAAUCUUAAAACCAAAACUGAUUUUAACGUUUUUUUCUUCUAUCAGUGUUGGAUUUUAGAAGCAAUGGACAGCCAUCUUUGUUGAUGCUGGCAAGUUUAGUUUAAAGUCAGUGUUAAGGAGCGCGGAGACCUACUUUCUUCAUUGGAUCCAGGUCCAGGUAUCGUCUGAUGCGGAAAGACAUAAACAAAAAUGAGCGAUAACGAACACACGUCAGAUAGUAGCAGUUCUGAUGAGAGUACAGCUGACUUAUCGGCUGGUGCUGUUCCGGGGAGAAUUGGACCUACAAGGAGAUCACUAGAAAAGGUUGAGAAAACAUGUUACCCAUCACCGAAGUCUCUGAAAAGUACUAAGCAGUUAACAAGCGGAGCUUCAACAGAUAUCUUGUCAAAAUAUCGUGGUCUUAAAGUUUUUUGGUCACCCCUUUGUCUGAUAAAGAAUGACGAAAACGGCCAACUCUCUUUAGAGAUGGAAGUCAUUGAAGAGAUAUCGAAAAUAGAGGAUACAGUUAAUGUCAUAGCCAUAGCUGGUCCAUACAGGUCGGGGAAAUCCUAUUUACUAAAUAGAUUGGCGAACACUGAACAAGGUUUUCGUCUUGGUCAUACUACAAAGGCGACAACAAAGGGCAUAUGGGUUCUGUGUUUAGAACACCCUAUCCGGAAAGACGAGGUUUUGAUGCUGCUAGACACUGAAGGAAUAGGAGAUGUAGCAAAGAGCGACGAUGAAAAUGACAACAGCAUUCUUAGUCUUACGACUCUUCUGACGGGGACAUUUGUUUAUAACAUGUUUGGAGUCUUAGACGAAAAACUACUGAAAAAGCUAUCUUUUGUGACAAAGAUAUCAAAGCAGAUUGCUCUGUGCAACACACUAGAUGAAGAUGACUUGCGCUACAUUCCUGAAAUGGCUUUCUAUUUCCCAUCAUUUGUAUUGUGCCUUCGCGAUUUUAGCCUAGAAAUGGAUAAUUGA